AUGAGGCGGUGUGGUGGCAUUGACAGUGACAGCACUGGUGGUGGUGAUAGGCAUGCUGAUAGGCAUGGCGAUAGGCAUGGUGAUAGGCAUGGUGAUAGGCAUGGUGAUAGGCAUGAGAACUGCAAUAGUGAUGGUGCGAUCAAGGCUGCAUUGGCCCAUCUCCUCACAGCGCUUGCCCCUCGAAGCCUCUUCCCUUCCCCGCAAUCCCAUGCGUCUGAUCCACCCCACUCUGCUGCUUCCCCCCAAUCCCACUCUCGUGCCCCCUCCUCCUUUCUUCCUCCUCUCCCCAUUCACUCACACACACCACCACUUUCAUUUGAGUCACACCCACCACUCUCGCUUCAUUCACACGCACCACCCACCUCCUCGACUUCCCUCAUCCCAUGGCUCGUUUUCCAGGACGAUGUAAUUGCUAGGAAGGUUCGUCUGGUGGCGCGCUCUAGGCUCACUGGACCAUUGCUUGUGGAGGAUGUAGCACUGGCAGCGGAUGUUCGUGGUAACUCAACUGGUGCUGGUAACCCUAGUGGUGCUGGUAACCCUAGUACUGGACUCACUGGGCCGUUGUUAGUGGAGGAUGUAGCACUGGCAGCGAAUGGUGGUGGUAACUCUAUUAGAAGUGUAAACCCUAUUGGAGGUCGUAACCCUACUGGACGUGGUAACCCUAGUAACGGGGCCAACCCUAUAGACUACUCACAUCUCACCCACAAGUACCUCCCUCCUAUCCUCGGCGGGUUCCCUCUCGCCGCCCCUGCUUUGGAGGGGAGAGUGGUGGAAAUCGAUGCGCUCAUGCACUGCGUGGCACAGAGGCUCUUUGGGCUCGCGAGCCGGGGGCUGGAUGACUCGGAAAAAGAGAGGAAGGUGUGUCGGUUCUGGUCGCAUGCGAGCGAGCAUCUGUUUCAGAGGGAGUGCGAGAGGAAAGGGUGGAAACCACCGAGACGACCUCGAGGGCAGACAGAGCUCUCCUCCUUCCGACCUUGGCGCUCGCUCUUCUUCCGCCAUGCCUGCAGGACCUGCGGAGGCAAGGGCGAGUUCAUAGCCCGGCACGCCAAGCUGCCUCCCGUCUCUACCCCUCCCAACGCUCCCUCUGCGAAACGGAAGCUUUUGGGAGCGUGUACUCCUGGUAAGAAGUUGCUUGUAUCGAAUCUGCAUGCAGAGAGGAACAUGUGGUUCCUCCUCUGCCUGCAGUGCACCCGCCUGCCACGUGUCCAGCUGCGAUUGGCGCAGCUCGAUGCACAUGUGGACAUUUUCGGGCUGACAGGAUCGAAAUUGAAGUGCCCGGGGUGGGAGGAUGAGGGGAAGAAGAAGAGGAAGAAGAAAGGAACGAGGGGGGGAGGAGGAGCAGGGUAG